AUGACGCCCCGGGACGAAGUUUCCCUGACUCCUAACCUGUUCAAGAAGAUCGUGUCGAUGAACAGAAUUGAAGGCAUUAGCCUCUACGCGGACCCAGAAACUCGACAAAUGCUGAAGUCACUGGACUUCAUUGUGUACACGGGUGCACCCUUGGAUCGAGCGAUUGGGGACGACCUUUGUCAGCAUACGAGAUUGAGCCCGAUGAUUGGCUCCACGGAAAAUGGAGAUCAGAUUGGCCUACGACCAGCCGAUAGAAAGCUCUGGUAUACCCAUGACUUUGUUCCAGAAAAUGGUCAUAGGAUGGUGCCUUUGGACGCAGGCUCGGACGGUCUCCACGAGCUCAUAUUGGAGCAGGUUGGAGAUGGGCGUACCAAUCCUUUUCAGACAUCCUUCUGGAACACAGCACAUCGUUUCCUGGAGCGGAUCGAAACGAAGGAGCUCUACAGGCCCGUCAAGGACUCUGACGGUCGCACGCGAUGGGCGUUUUCUGCCCGCAAAGACGACUUGACGAAGCUGAGUUGGCUGGCAAAGUUUCAUGCGCAGGAUAUUGAAAGGCGUAUUUUGCAACAUCCAGACGUCGAAAAUGUGCUGGUAGGUGGAGAAGCCCGGCCUGCGCCGUAUGUUAUCGUUCAGGCAAAGGAAGGUGUGCUGGACGGAAAGAGCGAGGUGCAGUUGCUUGAUGAGCUUUAUGAUGGGGUUAUUGCUGCCACCAAUAAGGCUGAUUUGAGUGAGAUCAGAAUUCCCAGGGAAACGAUCAUGAUUGCGAAGAAAGAGAAGCCGCUCAAGGUCAGCUUGAAGCAGUUGGUCCAGAGGAAGGCUGUUGAGCAGGACUAUUCGGAGGAAAUCGAGCAAGCAUAUGUGCGGCUGGAGAACAGCAGGAAGCCUUAG